AGGAAGAGGCGAGGCGGUCCAUCUUCCGUCUUCCCGGCGCUCAUUGCUUCCCGACCCUUGCGAAGGAAGGCUCUCUCUCUCUCUCUCUCUCUCUCUCUCUCUCGUGCUACAUCGCGAUGAGAAAUAAGUCGCCAAGCCUUCCCGCUCCUUCUGCUUCUACUCUCUUCCAUCCCGUCGGCCUUUUCUCGAGGCCAAUCCCUAUAUCCUGUAAAGAAGAUUCUGUGUAAAUCCUUGCAAGUUUCAGCAGGAACUAAGAAAUGGGAUUAUAUAGAGAUCAACACUCGUUGAUUCCUGUAGCUGAUUUGCCACAACCCUUCCGUUCCACAUUUAAUUUCAGGUACUUCAAUUCUUUGCAGAGUGAAUGUUUUUCUGGCUGCUUCCUCUCGGAUAUAAACAUGGUCAUCUCAGCACCAACUGCAAGCGGUAAAACAGUGCUCUUCGAGCUCUGCAUUCUUAGGCUUAUGUCAAAGUUCCUUUCUUCAGAGGGGAAAUUCAAUCAUAAAAAAGGAACACUUAAGACAAUUUAUAUAGCUCCAUCAAAAGCCUUGGUACAAGAAAAACUUCGUGAUUGGUGUAUGAAGUUUCAUUCACUGGCAAUUAAGUGCUUGGAGAUGACAGGUGAUAAUGAAUCUUAUAAGGCAAAGAACAUACAAGAGGCAGAUAUCAUUCUAACUACUCCUGAGAAGUUUGAUGCUGUCACCCGUCAUGGUGCAAGGAAUGGUGAUUUGAGUUUCUUCAGUGAUAUUGCGCUCGUACUCAUUGAUGAAGUUCACUUUCUCAAUGAUCCUCGUGGAGCUACUUUGGAAGCAAUAAUUAGUAGAAUAAAGAUGCUUUCCAGAAUUUCUGAGAUGCGCUCUAGUCCUCUAGCAUAUGUUCGAUUCCUUGCAGUUUCUGCAACAAUUCCAAAUAUUCAAGACAUAGCUGAAUGGCUCUCGGUUCCAGCUCAAGGAAUUAAAAGAUUUGGAGAAGAGAUGAGGCCAGUACAAUUGAUGACCAAAGUCUUCGGCUAUGCCCCAGCGAAAAAUGACUUUUUGUUUGAGAGGCGCCUUCAGAACUUUAUUUUUGAUAUCCUCAUGCAGUAUUCAAGAGGGAAAUCAGCACUAAUCUUCUGUUCUACCAGAAAAGGAGCACUAGAAUCAGCACAAUGCCUUUCUCAGAUUGCAAUGGGUCUUGGUUAUUCAAAUCCGUUCAUAAAAUCCAUAGAACAACAGCAGAAACUAAAGGAAGCUUCUCUCUCUUUUACUGACAAGCAAAUGCAAUCAUGCAUCAUUCAUGGUGUUGGUUAUCAUAAUGGUGGGCUUUGCAUGAAGGACCGUAACCUUGUUGAGGGUCUCUUCCUGAAAGGCGACCUCCAGAUACUCUGCACUACAAACACACUUGCACAUGGGAUCAAUCUACCGGCACAUACAGUAGUGGUCAAAUCAACACAGUAUUUCAACAGAGAGAAGGGUCUCUACAUGGAAUAUGAGCUAUCUAUGGUAUUGCAGAUGUGUGGCAGGGCUGGACGGCCACCAUUUGAUGAUGCAGGAACAGUUAUAAUAAUGACAAGAAGGGACACAGUGCAUUUGUAUGAGAACCUCCUAAAUGGAUGUGAAAUGGUUGAGUCUCAAUUGCUUUCAUGUGCAAUGGAGCAUCUGACGGCCGAAAUCGUUCAACUGAUAAUAUCUGAUAUAUGCUUGGCGAUUGAGUGGCUAAAAUGUUCAUACCUGUAUGUCAGGAUAAAGAAGAAUCCAGAAAACUACGGCAUAGAGAGAGGAAUUCCUCAUGAAUGUCUGGAAAAGCACAUGCAAGAAAUAUGUGUUAAAAAGAUUAAGGAGUUGUCAGAACAUGGAAUGAUCUGGACAGAUGAUGAUGGUUUUCUGCUAAAACCUUUAGAACCUGGUAUCCUGAUGACAAGAUUUUACUUGAAAUUUAAUACUAUGAAGCUUAUUGUGAACGCUCCUGGAAGUUGCAGUGUAGAAGAUGUGCUUCGUAUCAUUUCACAUUCUGAAGAGUUAUCUUGGAUUCAACUGAGGCGCAAUGAGAAGAAACUUCUGAAUGACGUAAAUUCUGAUAAAGAAGGCCGGCUUCGAUUCCAUGUGCUCAGUGAAAAUGGAAAACGAAAAAAGCGUAUCCAGACAAGAGAAGAGAAGAUAUUUGUACUAGCAAAUGACUGCUUGACUGGUGAUCCUUUGGUUCAUGAUUUAUCCCUUAACCAGGACAUGAACUCAAUAUGCAUGAGCGGGUGUAGGAUUGCUAAAUGUAUUAAACAAUGUUUCAUCUAUAGAAAGAAUUACAAGGGAACCAUAACUUCCACUCUUCUGGCAAAAUGCUUACACCACAGACUCUGGGAGAACAGUCCUUACUCGCUGAAACAACUUCCUGGCAUUGGAAUGGUCACUGCAAAGGCACUAUAUUCAGCAGGAAUUAAUUCAUUCGAAAGCUUGGGAGCAGCUGAUCCAAGAAAAAUAGAAAUAAUUACUGGUCGCAAGUAUCCAUUUGGAAACCAUGUUAAAGAAUCUCUGUUAUUACUUCCUCCGAAGGUCGAAAUAAAGAUGGAGGAGGCUGAAUGCAAAAAGCCAGGAAAGUUGAAACUGAUAGUAACACUGAAUCGCACAUGUCUGUCGGCUACAUCUACUAAACACCAUUAUGCAGAUAUGUUGGUAGGCUCAGACGAAGAUAAUAUGAUACUCUUUCAUGAAAAGAUAAGAGCUGAAGAAUUUCCCAGCCCAUAUGUUGUUACUGUUCUUGUCUCAUGUCCUCAGAACGCACGGGUGACUCUGAAAGCUGAUUUAAUCUUUGAAGAGUAUGUUGGCCUCGAUGUACAUGAGAAGCUUGUAGUUACCAAGGGAAACAAUUCAAUCAUGACUAGAGGACCAUUGUGUGAAGAUUCUAUGCCUUAUGCACUUCCAGAGGAAAUUUAUCUCAUCGAGGAUGACCAGAAAAGCAGCUCCAAGAUCAUGUAUGAUGAAACUCUAGAUUUAGAUAACUUGAGGGUAAAUUCAUCAAUGCCCAGCUUUGAUCUCCUGCAGGAAGAAACUGGAAAAGGAUUGGAUGCCUUGACUCCGGAACCUUCAGAAACUGAAUGUAAAACAAAGUCCAUAGAAAUUAUAUUUGAGCACAUCCGUAAGAAGUCCAAAAGUUUUCCAACUCUCUUGACAUCAAAAGUCAUGGAUUAUGCCUGCCAACCUUUAGUUCUGAGGAGAGACACAUCCAAGAACCAAGGUUUUGAUGUCGAGGCAGAUCUAAACCACAUAAUCCUCAUAGAUUCAGAGCCUAGUGAAGUUUCCCAGGAACUGAGUCUCCCUGUCAGCUUUCUGACAGAGACAGAAAGAGCCGUGACAACUAGUAACCUCAACAGUGUGCUAAAGUCACAGCUUCCUUACAAGCUUAGCCCGACUUGUCAUCAACCUGGCUGCAACAAGCCCUGCAGUGACUCGCUGGAAAUAGUCCAAACUGUCGGCUGCAAAAGAUCAUUUUCCAAUGAAUCAAAUCCAAUUUCUGAUAGCCCAAUUUGUUCUCAGGGUCGUUCUGUAAGUGUACAUGACAACCUCAGGGCAGAAUCUUUCCUUGGGUUUAAGAGUGUCUUUUCAUUUCUUUAA